CGACUGAAAAUGGCGGAAGGAGGAAUCGAACAUAGUGUGUCAGACACUGAGAGCGUUCCAAGACAAAGCAGCCUAUACAGCGCUCACUUAAGGAAUUAUGUCGAACAAACGUCCGUAGAAGUCUGCAAUAUAAUGACACAUCUGGGAUACGGAGAGGAAAUCAGACGGAGAAGAAUUUUGAAGUACAGGAAACGGGAUAGAAUAGUGAAUGCAAAGUGGAUAUAUAUAACCUUUAUCACAGCUGGAAGCAAGGCUGAGGGGCUUACCUGCUGUUACGAAAGCGACUAUGAAAAUGUAUUCGUACCGAAAGAUGUCCUCUGUGUGGAAGCUGGAGUCGAUCUUCACACCAUACCGAACGACAUAUAAGUAUACAGGAUGGAUACACGUGUAUACCCAGGGCACUGCAUGAUGAUACUGGAAAGACAAGCUUCUACACGUUCUUCUGUAAUUCAGAAUGCUCUGUGUUAUGACGGACAAGGACUCGCUAUACUUAGCAGUGGUUUAUAUCUUGAUAAAUUUGCGAAAGUUACAUAAAGCGGGACCCCACUGGAACGUGCGGGCCCGUCACUACCGAUGACAUUAGGAUGGAAUUUUAAUAUGGACUAUGUUCACGCAAUACGGUGUCAAUGUCCCUGCAUCCUGCAGCGCUGGGCUUUACGGCCUCGAUAUUGGCCGGCGCCGGAUGUUGUCCGGAAAGUCGUAUCAUUGCAAUCUUUCGUUACCCCGGAAGGUUUUAAAGGAAGUGAUUACAAAUUCUUUGAGUGGAGGAUUUUCUUUAAUACGGGUGAAACAGAACUCGUUAACAAUCUUAACGUAAAUCAGAUAAAAUUGUAUGUUAUUUUGAAAAUGAUUAUACGAGAUGUUUUAAAUCCAAAGAAGAAAGAAAUAACAUCUUACGUGCUGAAAAAUAUAAUAUUUUGGCAAGCUGAAAGCAAUACCCCCGCAAUGUUUCAAGACAGGAAUAUGAUCCACUGGUUACAUGACGCACUGAGAACACUCAGAACAGUAAUAUCCUCUACACAGCUGCCCUUCUACAUGAUUCCGGAGCGAAAUCUGAUGGCAGCGUGUGGAUUGCAGGAGGAACAGCGGCGUCAAUGGGUGGCAGUUAUCACGGAAAUGCUUGAGGAAGGUCCGAGGAUGAUACUGAGGGUGCCGAAGAUACGACAGGCCAUUGUCGGUCACCCAGAACCGAUGUUGUGGUUCAGCAGGAGAAGGAUGGAGCUGGAGAUGUUGUGUAUGGAGAUGAGGAACAGAGCAACGCAAUGUAGUGAUGAGAACGGGGUGUGUGAUUUCUCGGAUAUAAUCGUGCAGAAGAUAGACAAACGCGUGAAGGAGAUAAAGAGAGAGGUCCUUCUACGGAUGUUUAUGGAGGGCAAUUGUGUUCAUGACCGCUUUGGUAUUAUCAAAAGAAUUCUUAUGUAGUCCUGAAUAUGAUUUCAAUUAAUCACGCAUGUUGCAGGUGGCAAGUCAUCAGUUGUUCCAGACCAUUUUAUUCUAAUAACUCAUAGUACAAUAGAAAAUAUUAUCAUUCAAACAUAUUUAUUUUUACAAGUAAUGUUUAAAAUAAGAGUCAGAACCUAUUUUCGGUCUGCUAUUCUUAUUAUAACUUAAAGUGACAUAAUUGACAUAGGAUUUACUGUUUGUCCCCUUUUCCAGUGAUAAAAUACAUAACACGAAACAAACUUAAUGUCAUUCAUUUCUGGCUCAAAUAUGUGACCCGUAACGAACGUGUUUAGUUUAAAUUCUAAAAUUUGAAUCAAUAUUUUAAAACACGGGAGAAAAUAAAUAAAACAAUAAUUAAAGGGUCGUUUUCAUUGUUUGAAAAAAGGCAAAAUGACAAUAAAGUCAACUAUUGUUUUGUUUGUAUAGUACUCAAAAAAGCGAAACAAACUCUU